AAGAUGGACCCUUAUAAAAUGCAAGCGUCUCUACCGAGUAGAGCUUGAAGGGGACAAGAAAAUGUCAUAGAUUCACAAUGGCAACAAGCAGCCUCGCAGACCACCAACCGUGGUAUCAACGCAUCCAAUGGUUCAAUUUCUCCAUGCUGGUUCUCAUCCCGCUAUGGGCUUUUAUCCAGUCACUUUGGGUUCCUUUGAUCUUGAAAACUCUGGUCCUGUCAGCGGUGUACUACAUAUUGUCGCUGGGCUCUAUAACUGCCGGAUACCAUCGCCUAUGGGCGCACAGAUCCUACACAGCAUCGACCCCCCUGAAAUGGCUGCUCGCUGCGUUCGGCGCCGGGAGUCUCCAAGGCUCCAUCCGGUUCUGGGUGCGCGAGCAUCGCCUCCACCACCGAUACACAGACACCGAUCUAGAUCCGUACACUGUGAACAAGGGCCUCCUCCACGCGCACAUCCUAUGGGUUCUCCUCCGUCAGCCACGGAAUGAAAAGAAUAAGCGAGCCCGCAUCAACCUCUCCGAUAUCGACCACGAUCCCGUCGUCGUCUGGCAACAUAAGUACUACUUCCUCGCUGCCUUCGGCAUGGGCUGGCUGCUCCCUUGUCUGGUAGCCGGACUGGGGUGGAACGAUUGGACGGGUGGGUUUCUCUACGCUGGCGUGCUGCGAGCUUUCUUUGUCAAUCAGGCUACGUUCUGUGUGAAUUCUCUGGCGCAUUAUCUGGGCCAUCAGCCGUAUGAUGAUCGACAUACGCCGCGCGACCAUCUGCUCACGGCGCUGAUUACCCUCGGCGAGGGGUUUCAUAACUUCCAUCAUGAGUUUCCGUCGGACUAUCGGAAUGGCAUCGAGUGGCACCAGGUUGAUGUGACGAAGUGGUUUAUCUGGGCGUGUGGCUUUGUCGGGUUAGCGGGUGACCUGAAGCGGUUUCGGUAUGAUGAGAUCGCCAAGGCACGGCUGCAACAGAGGUUCAAGCGGCUCGAUGAGGAGAAACAACGUCUAAACUGGGGGACGCCGCUGGAGGAGCUUCCUGUCAUUGAUUGGACGGAGUAUCAGCGGAGAGUGGAGAUGGGACAGGUGCUUGUCGUUGUGGAGGGCGUCGUGCAUGAUCUUGGGGCGUUCCUAGCUGAGCAUCCUGGGGGGGAGACUGCUCUUAAGGGUAUGCUGGGGAAGGAUGCUACGGCGCUGUUUAACGGCGGCGUCUACGACCAUUCUCGCGUGGCUAGGAACCUGCUGGCUACUAUGCGGAUUGCGGUGCUGAGGGGUGGUGGGGAGGUGGAGUGUUGGAAGUAG